AUGGCUUAUUCGCACCAAAAUGAUUCCUUCUUCAUUGAGUCGGACGAGCCAAACUAUUCGCGGAUUAAUGCCCGCUGCGCCGCCAAGAUGAUAGCCCGCCAACGGCAGGACAUCAUUGCCAGUGAACUCUCCAGACUCGCUGGUGAAGAAUACCUUGAGGAUAUCCUGCAACACAUGGCCAACAUGGAGGAGGAGACCCUUGCCGAUGCUAACCUGAUCGACUUGCAGCGUGAGGUUCAAUGGUUUAUGAGACCGUAUCUCAUCGACUUCAUCAUCGAGGCCCAUGCCGCCUUCAGCCUGCUACCCGAGACUCUCUUUCUCACCGUCAACCUGCUGGACCGGUACUGCUCUAGGCGAGUCGUUUACAAGCACCACUACCAGCUGGUUGGCUGUGCCGCCCUCCUCAUUGCCGCCAAGUAUGGUGACAAGAAGGACCGCGUUCCCCAGAUUGCCGAGCUCAACAACAUGUGCUGUGGACUCUACGACUCGGGCAUGUUCACCCAGAUGGAGAUGCACGUUCUCAACACCCUCGAGUGGGCCAUUGGCCACCCUACCGUCGACUUCUUCACUCAGCUUAUGGCUGCUGAGGAACGGGAUGACACUGAGGUGGAGCACAUGGCCGCCUACCUUUGCGAGAUCGCCUUGUACCACCGCGACUUCGUCUCGACGAAGCCCUCGAUGAUGGCCCGUGCCUCCCUAGCCCUCUCUCGCGCCAUCCUUGGCCGACCCGAAGUUAGCGACGGUGAAUGGGCACAUACAGAGAACGUCACCCUCUUGACCCUUUCACAGCAUCUCAGCCAACCUUCGCCCACAUUGGCACGCAAGUAUGCCACACCAGAACUGUCUCGCGUCUCGCAGCAGCUUGCCGACUUUAUGGCCGAGCAGGCUGCUCUGGCCCGCCGCGCUGCCGAUCCUCCUUCGCCUCCCGUGGAGAUUACUGCCAAGCCUUCAAACAUUUACAGCACUCCUCAAAAGGGCCACGGCGCCGCCCCGUGCUACCAGGGCUACCUCACCCCUCCCAUCACCCCCGAAGGUGUCAGCUUUGGCCACGGCGGGCAGGCACAAAAACAAGUCUACACUUCGUUGCCUCCGAGAUGUCCCGUUACGCCCACACCGCAUCACAACCAAGGGGCAAUGUACCCGGCACAAACGCAACAAGGAUAUGCGGGUCAACAUCGCAUACAAUAUUGA